AUGAAUCACUCCCGGACACGGUAUAACUACGCUAUCGACUGCCGCAUCUCACAUGCAAACAGUCUCAGGCCAUGUCCCAUGAAACGACGCUGCAAGCCAGAUGCCGUCGACCGCCACGCCAUGAACCCGAGCAAUCGACCUAUGUUGGAGGUGGACACGAUUACUUUGGCGGUGGACAAAGUGUGCCCUGUAUCGACUACCGCUGCAUGCACGUAUCGAGGCAUGUCGUCUGAAAAUACAGCCACGUUUCAUCAACCCCUAGAACAAAAGAAAUUCAGCAUCAUGAACGCAACCACCGUGCCCCCUAAGCAACCAUCCAAGUUUGCCAAGUUCUGUAAGGAUGUCCUCGCAAUCGACCCUGCCGGCGCGACACCAGGGGCAUGCACGGACUUUUUUCACCACCUCUACAGCCUCGGCAAGACUGCCCGUACCGUCGACUCCGCCAAGACCGCGCUAGUCGCCUAUUUCCAAGCACUAAAAGUCGACCCAAACCCUGCCCGGGACGUUGAGUCCAAGCAAUACGUUGCCCAUCCACUGUCGGUGUACGAGCUGUCGUUGCUCGAAAACUCACUGGCCUCGUCCCACAUGUUUGUCGGGGCACUAUACCGGUUCCUUCUCUGCGCGAGCUACAUUGGCUGUUUUCGCAUCAGCGAAAUGCUAAACCUGACGUGGGACGACGUCGCCCUCCAACACGAUGGCGACAGCCAGUAUGUAUCGCUUCGACUUCGUUGGCACAAAAUGGCCAGUGUACAAAGUGACUCCCAAAUCUACCAUCUCGUUGACGAGAAGUCGUUUACGUGCUUGCGUGUGUGUGGGUUGUUUUCAGAUUAUGUGGGCCUCGUCAAUCGGGCCAGUCCGAAUUUAGCCUCCAAGUCGUUUGUUUUUCCUGCCUACACACUCGAAUCGUCUGGGACCCCAAGACUCAACUGCAACUCAACCGUCGCCGAAAUGAACGUACAAGACCUCUGCAACGCAAUUGUCAAGUCCCUCCAAAACAACGUGCAUGUUUUACCUGCCGCUGUCGUCGCCGCCGAUGUCGCCCGCACACUGCCACCGCCAGUGGCUGCGAAGUCGCAACGUCAAAUAACGCUGGACAGCUUCGUUUCGCACGCUGUUGUACCUACUGCACGGUCGGCGAACGAAGCUUGGACACAAUGGUUUACCGGAGACCCGGCGGUCGGGUUGUAUCAACCCCUGCGAUCGUUCAACAAACAAAUGAUCCGGGCCGACCGCCGGAAGUAUUCUGAGCGCUUGACCUUGUCGCUUGCCUUUUCAAACAAUACCUUGUCUGAAGUCCGCAAGCGAAAGCGCAAGGGACGAUUGCAAUGA